GAAAAGGCUCGCUUGCAAGUUGUCUGUCUGUUGGUGAUUCUCACUUUCGGUGGAGAACGCGAUUCGUCCGGACGUGUGUACGACGACGACGACGACGACGUUGAAAUCUUCUGUGUGCCGUACUGGCGACGACGGUGUUUAGAGAUAGCAAUCGACCAGGAGCGUUUCCGUGAGGAUGUUAAGUUUUGGCUGAAAUUCGCCGGAACAAGCCAAAUCGAUUGAACUCGGUGCUGCGGGAGAUUCUUCUUUUCCAUUGCCGUCGUCAAGGAUAUUCCGAGUGUUUGAAGGCGAGUGAGGAUUGUGUGUGUGGAAGAAAACAACAAAAAGUGUCGCGAUUUUGGAGCUGUCAGAAUUCUUGGUGCUUCCAUUCGCGGUGAAAAAUGGGAUAAGAGUUCUCACGGAGUGCUGCAUUCGGUUUUAAGUCCUGCCAGCAGAAAUUUUGGGAUGUUUUGGUCGUGUUCCGUGUUGCAGAGUAGAUUCCCGGCGUAGGAAAUUCCUUCCCAUUCCGGAGGUAGGGCAUGAAGUGUGUGUGGUUAUAAGCAAGGAUAUCCGGAGUGUUGGUGUUGUUUGCGAGUGCAAAAUUGGUUGAAAGGUGUAGGAAGUGCGUUUUACAAAAUUUCAGUUAAUGGUUCGUAAUAAAUGCUGAAAGUGGUGCGUGAGUCUCAAUAAAAGCAAAAAUAGAUCUUGCUAGAUCAGCAGUAUCGCAGAAAAUAUCGGUGCGUGGUGUGCUGGAAUGAAGUAAAGCAGUCGUUUGGAAGAACCAACAACCAAGGUGAUUGUGAGCGGGCGAGAAAGCAGGACAGCGAUAUAUAAACAAAAGAAGCAAAAUAUCGCCACUGGCAGCAGAAGGAGCAGAACCGACGACGAAAUUGAGAAGAAGCAGACAAGAUUUUGCCCAGAGCCGCAUCGAUUUUGACAGCUCUUCACAGCUUUGAAAUGUAAGUAAUAAAAACUUGUCGAAAAUGGACGAAAUAAAUUGGCAAAAAAUGACCAACUCAGAAGCGACAACGGCACUACCAACGGCAGCAACAACGGGAAAAGUUUGACCGGAAAACCGGCGAAUCAAAUAGCUGAGAACAACGGAGAAAAGUGUGUGUUUUGUUUAUUUCCACUCGGUGAGAAUUGUCUCACAGGGUCUGUCAAAAGAAAGUGACGGUUCAAAAAAAAACGGCAUUUGGAGCUAGAAAACAGACCAUGGUAUUCUGGUGAAAGGAAAAGAAGAGAAAAAAAUACAGAAGAAAGUUGUGAACUUUUAAAACAUAAACACCGUACCGAGAGAGAGAGAGAGAGACAGAGAGAGAACAAAAAGAAUGGACGAGGCGGAUAACUGCACUGUUUGACACGGUGAAGUUACGGUUCACGGUUCGAAGAGGCGAAUACUGCGACAAGGAUAAAGUUUUUCCGGUUCAAUUUGCCUGAGCUGUUUUCUAAACACACCCCACGGGAUUUUUGUUUUGUUUCCGUUUGCUCGCACUGUCACAAACACGAAAGAGGUGAGCAAAAAAAUCACCAUCCUCUCACGGAGCAACACAACCAUCCGCCAGCCAGAAUGUAAUCCAAAAUUACAUCACGUUCAUCGGAUUAAUCAUCACCCGUUCGUGUUCCGUCUGCUGCGCGAAGUUGAUCUGAUAUCGGAAGUCACCGCCAUCGGAAGCGUCGUCCGUUGGUUGCGUGCGGAGGCCAACUUUUUCCGUAGCUAGAAAAAAAAACCCCCAAACGAUAAACUUCACCGACACACGAAUUGAAGAGAGGAGGUGGGGUGAGAGCUCGAGAUUCUCGCACCAUGAAAGGAUCCGACUCCAGAGCGAAACUACUAUGGAGCGCCUCAUCGCCUUCGUCAUCCGCCAGCAGUCAGGAUCUAGCGACGACCCCGACCACGACAACGGCGACAACGACGACGACAAACAGUACCCAGCAGCAGAAACAACUUGCGAUGAACAGCCUCAACAGUACCAACAGUCAGAGCACCCAGGAUGCGGGGUCCACCGUGAAUCUGCUGCUAGGGAGUGGCAGCCCCGGUCCCGGGGAAGGAGGAGGCGGAGGCGGUUUGAAACUGACGACUGCAGCUGACAAAACGCAUCAAGCGAACGGAUAUGGAGCGAUGCGGUCAGGAUCGUCCGGGUCCUGUACGAUCCCAGGCUUCAACGGUGAAUCGGGCAGCAAUGUAAAUAGUAAUAGUAGCAAUUGUGCUAGCAGUAGUAGUAAUCAUUACACGAACGGCCACGGCGGUAGCAGCACCAGCAACAGCAACAGCAGGAGUAGUAAAGGCAAUUAUUUUUUCGGCGGUGGCAGCGCAAGUUCCGGAUGCGGUGGGCAUCAGCAUCAGUAUCAUCAUCAUCAUCAGCAUUAUCACGGGUCCUCGUCGGGCGGUGGGUCCGGCAGUGCAAACAUUCUAGCCCGGUGCUGUCUGUACCUGACCAAGGGGCUGAAUCUGCGGUUAUGUGCCGGCGCGCUAGUGAUAGUUACGAUAGUCUCCUUGCUGUGCUACAACUACUAUAUGGAUAGUUCGCCGAUCGCUAGCUUUAUGCAUCGUGAUACCCGACCUGCUCCACUGAUCCACUGCCGGAUGUUGAACGGAAAGACGGCAAUCGAAGCCAGCCCAGCGCCAGACCAUCGCUCGGAGGCGCGGUUACGAAUCGAUCCCAAGGUGCUGGUAUUUGUCGAAACGACCUACUCCCGGCUGGGGAGGGACAUUGCCGAACUGCUAGUGUACAACCGAAUCAAAUACAAAGUGGAAGUGGCCGGCAAGAACGUUCCGGUCCUGACGAUCCAGGAUAAGGGCCGGUAUGGUGUGAUCGUGUUCGAGAACCUGGAAAAGUACCUGCAAAUGGACAACUGGAACCGGCAGCUGUUGGAUAAGUACUGUCGGGACUAUUCGGUGGGAAUCAUAGGGUUCGUGGCGCCCAGUGAGGAAACCUUGGUUGGAGCGCAGCUUCGCGGAUUUCCACUGUUUGUGCACACCAACCUACGGCUUCGGGAUGCCAGUCUCAAUCCGGGAUCGCCGGUCUUGAGGUUGACCAGGGCUGGAGAUACGGCGUGGGGUCCGCUGCCCGGCGGAGACUGGGCCAUUUUCCAACAUAAUCACAGUUCGUACGAGCCACUGGAGUGGGCUCAGAAAAAUACGCAGGACUAUCCCACCGAUGGAGUUCAACCUCCGUUGGCAACGGUCAUUCAGGAUCACGGAAGGGUCGAUGGAAUUCAGAGGGUAUUGUUCGGAUCUGGGUUGAAGUUCUGGUUGCACAGGCUACUCUUCCUGGAUGCAUUGUCCUACUUAAGUCACGGCCAGUUGAGUUUGAACCUGGAAAGGAGGAUACUGAUCGACGUCGAUGACAUCUUCGUAGGGGAGAAGGGAACUCGCUUGAAACAGGACGACGUCCACGCUCUAAUUGCCACCCAGAACCGAAUUCGUAGUAUGGUCCCGGGAUUCCGGUUCAAUCUGGGCUUCUCCGGAAAAUAUUUCCACCAUGGAACUCACGAUGAAAACUUAGGUGACGACAUGCUCCUGCGAAGCGUCGAUCAGUUCACCUGGUUCUCGCACAUGUGGAACCACCAGCAGCCCCAUCUGUACGACAACCUGACCACGUUGAUGAACGAUAUGAUACUGAACAAAGACUUCGCCAAAGAGAAAGGCAUCCCAUCGGAUUCCGGAUAUUCCGUAUCCCCGCACCACUCCGGAGUCUACCCCGCUCACGAACUUCUCUACAUGGCCUGGAAGAAGGUCUGGAACAUCAAAGUGACCUCCACUGAAGAAUACCCGCAUCUUCGGCCGGCUCGUCUGCGCCGCGGAUUCAUACACCGAAACAUCAUGGUCCUGCCACGACAAACUUGUGGUCUAUUCACCCACACCAUGUACAUCGACCGAUACCCCGGAGGUCGCGACAAGCUGGACGAAUCCAUCCAAGGUGGAGAACUGUUCCAAACUAUCGUCUACAACCCCAUCAACAUCUUCAUGACCCACAUGUCCAACUACGGCAGCGAUCGGCUUGCCCUCUACACCUUCGAAUCCGUCAUCAAAUUCCUUCGCUGCUGGACCAAUCUCAAACUGACCUCAGCUCCACCGCUCCAGCUCGGAGAAACCUACUUCAAACUACACCCGGACGAAACGGACCCCAUCUGGGGUAACCCGUGCGACGAUCCACGCCACAUCAAGAUAUGGUCCCGGAACAAAAGCUGCGACACCUUGCCAAAAUUCCUAGUCAUCGGACCCCAGAAAACCGGAACCACUGCCCUGUACACCUUCCUCAGCUUGCACCCCUCGGUCGCCAGCAAUCUCCCGAAUCCGGACACCUUCGAAGAGAUUCAGUUUUUCAACGGGAACAACUACUACCGCGGACUGGAUUGGUAUCAGAACUUCUUCCCCGUCCAACCGAACGGAACCAACGGGAGGUACAUGUUUGAAAAGUCGGCCACCUAUUUCGAUGGGGAACUGGUUCCUCGCCGAGCUCAUGCCCUGCUGCCACACGCUAAACUAGUCACGAUCCUGAUUUCCCCGGCGAAGCGAGCCUACUCCUGGUACCAGCACAUCAAAGCCCACGGCGAUCCGAUUGCCAACAACUACAGUUUCUAUCAGGUCAUCAUGGCAAGUGAUUCGGCGCCGAAGCCGCUGCGGGAUCUACGGAACCGUUGCCUCAAUCCGGGCAAGUACGCUCAGCAUUUGGAACGAUGGUUGGCGUACUAUCCGCAGCAGCAGUUGCACAUCAUCGACGGGGAGCAGCUAAAGUCCAAUCCAGUCGAUAUAAUGAUGGAGCUGCAGCGGUUCCUGAAGCUGUCUCCCAUGUUCGACUACAGUGAACACCUGCGGUUCGACAAUAAGAAGGGCUUCUACUGCCAGAUUGUUAACGAGAACAAGAACAAAUGCCUGGGGAAAUCGAAGGGCCGGCAGUAUCCGCCGAUGGACGACAAGAGUGCCAAGUGGUUGCAGAGGUACUACCAAAACCACAACAGCGCCUUGAACAAGCUGCUGAAAAAGCUCGGCUCCCGUCCCAUCCCCCAAUGGUUAAAGGACGACCUGUCGACGACAUCCUAACAAUUACGGCACCAACAACAACAGCAGCAGCAGCAAAAGGAAGCAGAACAAGCGAACGAGGUCGACCAACCGAAAUCUACCGACCAGCAGCCGCAACAACAACAACAACAACAACAACAGCAACAGCAACUGAUGAUGAUUCAAUGCAUUCAACGGCGAUAGUCAAAUAAGCGAAGCAUAUAUUCAACCCACAUGAUGAUUGUAACAUAAGAAGAAGAAGAA